ACAGUAGAAGAAGAAGAAGGAGAAACACGUGAUUCGCGCUAACUGGCUGGCAAGAUGGCGGUUGUAGUGCGGAGCUUGCAAGACCAGCUCGAAAAAGCGAAGGAAAGCCUGAAGAAUGUGGACGAUAAUAUUCGUAAAUUAACUGGACGUGACCCUAAUGAAUCCAGACCGGGUCAGAUCCGUCGGCUCGGCGGCCCCAUGGCAGGCCCCGGUGGAGGUGGCGGUGGAGGUAGAGGCAGAGGACUGAACCUGCUCAGGCGUAGUCUCUCAGACAUGGGAAGCUGCGGCCCCCCUGCCAAGCAGAGGGACAUCGAAGGAGCCCUGCUGAGGCUGGCGGGGGACCAGCGGGCCAGGAGAGACGUGCGUCACGACAGCGAUGCCGAGGAUGAUGACGACGUCAAAAAGCCGGCGUUGCAGUCGUCUGUAGUAGCUACCUCGAAGGAGAGAACACGCAGAGACCUCAUUCAAGAUCAAACCAUGGAUGAGAGGGGCAAACAGAGGAAUCGGCGUAUGUUCGGCCUGCUGAUGGGGACCCUGCAAAAAUUCAAGCAAGAGUCUCACGUCUCCACAGAGAAGCAAAAGCGUCGUUCCGAGAUCGAGCAGAAGCUCGAAGUUCAGGCUGAGGCUGAGAAAAAGAAGGUGGAGACUAAUAAGAGAGAGCUGUUUGAAGAGAGGAGAGCCAAACAGACUGAGCUGAGACUGCUGGAACAGAAAGUGGAAUUGGCUCAGCUGCAAGAGGAGUGGACCAGCCACAACACUCAUCUGGUGAAAUACAUUCGCACCAAGACCAAGCCUCCUAUCUUCUACGUGCCUGGAAAAAUGUGCUCCGCCACACAGAAACUCCUCGAUGACUCCACCAAGAAACUAAAUGGUGUGUUUGAAGAGAGGCGUGAGGCUUUUGCCGAACACCUCAGCAAGAUGGAGUCCCGCCCCCGGCGGCAACCAAACCACGACCAGGAUGGCAACAUGGCAGCAACAGGGAUGGACCAUCCGGCGGAGGGUAAGCCAGCGGGUCAGGUAGUCAAGGUGACAGGUAACAAGGGGGAUGCAGAGAUGGAGGAAGACGAGGAGGAGGAAGACGAGGGGGAGGGAGAUGGGGAUAGAAAGGUGACAGAGAAGGAUAACAAGGGGGUGGAAGUGUUGAAGGAGGAGGAGGUAGAGAUAGACAUGGUGGAGUUGAUUGAGGAGGGGAGUGAGGAGAAUAAGGCAGGAGAGGAGGAGGUUAAAGAUGUACAGGACAGGGGGGAGAAGGGAGAGCAGACCAGUCCAGAGUCAGAAGAGAUGGAGGUGGAGGGUGGGCCAGAGCAGGUGGACAGGAGUAUGGGUGAGGAGAAAGAGACAGACAGUAAACAGGGGCCCACAGACCUCCAAACUAAGAAGACCCAGGACACCCUGUCCCCUGAACCAACCGCAGCCACCCAAGAAGCACCAAAUGCCAGUCACCAGCCCCAGCCCCAGCUCAGCCACACACCAGUGAAGACCUCUGAGAUCCAGGCAUCCUCUCAAACCCUAGAACCCCAAACAGCCUCCACAGAGCCUGGGCAGGAUGUCCCCAUCAUCAUCCCUGGCCCUGAAGUCCUAAACACUGCAACAGAGAAGCAGGCCGUGGAAGAGAAACCGGGGGACAAAGCACCCCAAAAACUGCCCGAUUCCCAGGAGGCCGCCGGCAUCACCCCCGCACCCUCCAAGCAGCAGGAGGAAGGCGGCAGUGGGAGAGGGAGAAAGAAGGAAAAGCAGCCAAAGAAGGGCCGCAUUCAUAGCAACAGCUCCUCCUCUUCUUCCUCCGGCUCCUCCUCCAGCGGAAGUUCCUCCUCCGGAUCCAGCCACUCCUCUUCGUCCUCAUCCUCGUCGUCCUCAUCAUCCAGCAGCCGAAGUCGCAGCCGAGAUGCCGGCAAGCGCAAGAGGAGGCCGUCGGAGAGGGCCAGGGACCGAAAGAAAGGAGAAGAGAAAAGUCACCGCAAGAGAGGAGGAGGAGGAGGUGGUGGUGGAGGAGGAGGAGGAGGAGGAGGAGGAGGAGGGAGGGACUCAAAGGGGUCCAAGGAGAGGAAGAAGAGGAGCGAGGAAGGGAGGAGGUCGUCCCGCAGCGAAAGGGAGCAUAAAGAUAGGAAGGACAAAAGACGCUGAUUGGGUGGCAAACGCAGGAAACUGCUGAGAUAAAAUCAACUAUUUACUUAAUGACACAUGAAGAGUUUUUAAACUAGCAUUUUCUCUUGAAAUGUCACGAAGGCCUUUUGAGGUUUUAACAUGAUCUCGUUUCUCCUUAGUGUAGGGAUUUACAAGUUGAUGUCAAAACAAGAGUUGAAAACAGUGGCUGGCUAGCUAUACUUUUACCUUUUUACUUGACAAAUUAAAUGUAAACUGGACUCUUGGUCAGCGGUGAAUCCGUCUCAUUGGACGCUUAACUAAACGGGUUUGAAACCUACAAGUUUCUUCGAGACUUCAUCUAGUCAUGUUAUCUUCGUCCUGACAUCUGGCUUUUAAAAAGGUCUUUGUGAUGCAGGGAUUGUGUUGAAUGUUAACGUUUUUUUUUGUCCUGACCACAAUGCCACCAAUAGGUGAGGGGGUUGUUCUGGUAGCAGUAAGCACUAACGUACACUAGUGUUUUCGAGUUGACGUGACAACGCUGUUCAUCCUCUUAUUGCCACCAUUUGAUCGAUGUCAAGGCUCUUGUAACUUCUUCACGUGGGUACAUGUGUGAUUUAGCUCAAAUGUUUUUUGAAAAUGUUUUUUCCAUUUAUUUUUUUUUGUACCGACCAAAAUUAAAGGUGAGAUCUUAGUGGA